AUGCCGCUCGGCGGCGAUCGACUGCAGAAUGACACGCCGCCCAUGCUGCUCGGUUCGCCGCCGCUGGCUCCCCGCGAUGGCUCUGCGAUGCAGCCCGGUGGAGGACAACUGGAGAUGGACGAGAUGGAUGAGGAGGGAAGAACCCGCCACCACGCGCGGAUGCUGAACAACGGGCUCGCGCUCGCCUCUCAGAAGGUUCAGACGCCAGACAAUCGGGAGAUGGACGAGAUGGAUGAGGAGGAAAGAACCCGCCACCUCCGCAGGCUCCGCAAGCGGGUAGCGGACUCCAAGUUUCCGGCCCCACCGCCUGUGGAUUUUUCCCGGCGUUGCAACGGCGCGUGCCCGUCCCGGCCGCGCCGAAAGGCCGUCCCCAUCGUGCCUGGGGACCCAGGCCGCGGCCGAAUGCACGUCUUCCCCAGACUGCCGCCAUGGCGCAUUGCUGGCUGCCUCGAGGGCGCGGAGCUCGAGGCCGCACGGGCGGAAUGGCAUGCUAUGGACAAGACCGACGAGCGGGAGGCGAUGCGCCGCGCCCGCAACCUUGCAAUGAGUCGCUCAGCGCCGCAUCGCGAGGGUGACUCCGCACGCCGAGCCAAGGCGCGGCGCGAGAAGAGAGACAGAGAGAGAGCUUUUAGCAAUAACAUUUAA